GGCGUUUCGGUUCAGUCUCCGGCGAAGACCUCGUGGCACGUAUCAUUCAUUUCACGGCGCGCACCGGUCAGCGGUGUAUAUUAUAAUAUUGUAUUUACAUAGAUAAAAAUUAUAUUAUAUUGUUCGCACGCGUAUCAGUCAAUUUUUUUUUUUUUUUUAUAUGAUCGGUAUCGGUUUCGAUUUUGUUGAUUCCACAGUUUCGUCGAGGACAUCGUUUGGAACCGUCCUUAGGAUUACUGCGAGCGGAAUUGGCAAAAAAAAAAAAUCCAGAACAAACCACAGGACACAUAAACAGAAAUCAAUAAAGCCAUGAGACAGAACAUCACGAUGACCAACGCUUAAAAACCCUCGACGAUCGAUGAACGAUGGGUAACUCGAACAGCCACGGGAUCCCGUAUGCCACCAGCGACACUCAGGUGAUACCGCCGCAUUCGUGGGCUUACUCGUUUCCCAGGUCGCAGUAUUUUAAACCGACCGGAGCCAAAGUUCUUCCCCAGCCUCCUCCCGGUCAGCGGUUGCGGCCCACAGACAAUGGGACGGUCUUGCAUAACGGCGGCACCAUCAGUGUCAAAAGACCGUUCGACUAUGUGCACCACGAAGAGUUUCAACACGGAUACCAAGGCCAAAGACACUUCCCGAGGGAAGACAGGAGAGAUCGUAUGGAGUAUAACAUGUACAACAGCGAACCGGACUUGAGAUAUGCGUUUAACAAACAACAACCCCCUCCGGUCGGCUAUAGCAACCACCAUCACCAUCAUCAACAGGCAGAGAACAAGGGAAGACUGUCUAGGUCCAAGAAAAAGUACAGGGCGCCUCAAAUACCUCCGUCACACCAUAAUGGGCAGAUGGACAGUUCUUCACCAGAUUCGUACCAACACUGGGAAAACCACAGAGAAAAUAGUAGAUCUAGUCAAAAUAAUGGUAUGCCAAGAUUGAGAUUGUUCAAGACCCGAGCGGAGACGAAAAGGAAACUCAGCAAAGACGACGAGAUGACGAUGAAACAUCCGGAAAACAUAGUUAAAGCUAAACCGCAGCCAGGCAAUCUACACCGUAGCAUGUCUUCUCCGCAGUUCCAAGCCGAGUUGAAGAGAGUGACGGAGAGGCUAAGGGAAAGAGAGUACCGUCAUCCGCCCGUCGGCCGUGCUUCGGAGAGUUCGUCGAACCCCACGUCGGAAGACCGGCCAGUGACGACGGCCGACGUUGGCGACAGACAUCACCAGCAGCAAGACAAGAACGCCGCGGCGGUGCAAUCGAACAGAAAGCGAUUGAUGGCCGAUCGAGCCAAACGUUUGUCCAGGUCCAUACCGAAUCUGGCGGCGGCCGAACAAGUGGAGGACAACGGCGUCCGGUGCACGGGCGAAGGGUCGUCGGCCACUGGAUCCAACGACGAAGCCAAAAAUCGUGACAAAAAUGACAAAGCCAAGUCCAACAUACCAGAUACCAAACCAAAGACUUUUUACUUCGGUAUGAAUGAAUUCAACAACGACAUAACAGACAACAGGAUGGCCGAGAACGUCGACCGAUUCGCUGACAACUACAACAAGUCCAACCAUUCGCCUUCGGACAGUUUGACCAGUAGUGAUCCUACGGACGAGAGUGGCGGCGGCGGCGACAUAUCACUUCAGCUGCGGCCUACCUUACCCAGGAAACAAUUUGAUAUACCUAGGUUCAGCCCGACAGCUGCAUGGCGGUUAUUGACCGCGCUGGAGAGUCCAACGCCGGCAAGUCCGAAUUACAGUGGCGGGGAAGAAGAUUUGAUACAUGUCAUCGAUCAACCGAUUCACCAUAACGGCGACAAGUCGGGCGACAGCGGCAUAUCCGGCGACGCCAGUCCACAUUCGGCGCACAAUUCCCAGGUCGCUUGGACUCCACAACAAGACUUGGAGGAAACCAGUUCGGACGGUGGACUGGAGUCGGCACCGGUGUCGCCGCAGAGUUUAUUAGACGCCACACAGUUUUCUAGAUCCCGUACGGUGGCCAGACCUAGUUUUUGUUUGUCCCUGCCCAGGGAAGAAAACCCAUUGCACGACAAGAGAUACGGCCAAACGGGUGAAGAUUUCUCGCCUAUGAACCCGCCAAAGACCAGUAGCUACUUCAAAUCGAAACUGAACAGAAACAGUAAGGCUUCGAUCGAAAAGACCAAAUCGCAUUUGGACGAAAACUGGGUGUUGAGCCGGAGCGUGCCGGAUUCGCUACACAAGUCCGGUCUGGUAGGGAAUUUCCCGUCACAGAACUGGAACCAAGUCGACGACGACCAGGAUGACAGCGAACCAGUCCCGGAGGAGCUGACCAUGUCUUCGUUGCCCAAGUUCUCGUACUUAGCCGCCGGUCGACGGGCUAUGUACUUGCCGGAAUACAAAUCGUUGAACUACCUGUAUCCAAGAGAUGGAAUGAACAUUUCGCCCGAGAGGAUUAACAACGUGACUAAAUCUUGCGACGAUUUAACGAGGGACACACGAGAGGAUGGUGUCGUUGCGGCCAAAGAUAGAGCUAGACAAAGGAAAUCGGCUAGCAAGAAAUUCGCGUUCCAGAGCACUAUCAGGCAGAUCGAACGAAAGAAAAUAGCCGAGAAAUUGUCCAAAGAAGCCGAAUACAAAGAACGUCAACGACUCAGCGAAAUGGAAGCGAUGCGGCGUGUCGAGGAAGAAUUCCAAAAGAAACGCGAAAGGGAAAAAGCGGAUAUCCGGCAACAGCUGAGGCUGUACACGUUGACCCAAGGCGAGCGGGAGCCGGCCCAACCACUGCCGUCCGGCACUCAGGUCCUGUCGGAAUUCCGGGAAGCCAGGCGCGAUUACAAAGACUUCAACUCUUCGCGGACUGCCGAUCACGACUUCAGCAGCAACUCGGACAGCUCCAUCAAAAAGUCCACGACGACCACGGUGCACCCCAAAGUAGUGUAUCAGAUGCCCAAGAGCACACAAGUCUACGUGACCCCAAACAGCUCCCGGAAACACGCCGCCGACAAAGGACCUUCCACCCCGACGUCGGCCAACUACCGGAAGGACUUCGCCCAAGGUGCCCUACCGCACUCUUUGGCCAGUUCCGAUUCCGAAGUGUCGGUAUCAAACACCAGACCGACAUCGCGUACAAAUCAUCGAAGCAGAUCGACUAGCCCAACUUCUGAUCAAGAAAACAGCAGUUACGUCGAUCCUGAUUUCGGUCAUGCACAAUCAUUCACAGACAGCGAGGGCCAAGAAAUGCAAAUAAACUGUUCAACGAAAUACAAUGAAGUUACCAGCGAAGUAGUAGUACCGAAACCAGGUAUUAACUCGUUACAACCGUUCAUAAAAAACAAAAACAUAACGUACAAACCAAUUGUUUUCAAUCCAGUAAAUAAAAACAAAGUUGCUCAACCAUUGAUUUAGAUUAAUAUUACUAUUAAUUGAGUUAUUUUAAAAAUAUAUAUAUUUAGCCAAUUUUUAUAUAUUUUAAAUAAUACAUACCUACUUUUAUUCCCCUAUUAUUAUUAUUAUUGUUACACGUUUGAGAGUAUAAUAUAUAAAAAAAUAUCGAAUCGUAGCUAAUCCAAGUAUAAAUGUUGUCAUAGGUAUAUAUUAUUCAAACUGAC